ACUGCUAGGAUUCCUACUGAUCGACACCGAGGAAAAUCCUCCCUUCAGACGGUGACACCAUGCCGACGCAGUGUGCCUGAAUGACCUCAUGGCGAGCUCAUCCUGGACCCGGCAAAAUGGAAAUAUUAAUGGGCGCGCCUCCAUUGGCUGUUGGUUGUCGUCUCUUCCACUCUGCCGGGCUUUGCGGUGCAGGCCUGAGGCAUCGACAUCCAUCCCGGGCUGUUCUCGUAUCAAAACCCGGUAUCGAUCGGUUUCUGCCGGAUCUCCUUUGCAUGCCUGACCGACUUGCUAUCCGUCAUCCAUGGAUGUACCUAGGCCACAUGCUCCCGGGGUGUGACGCGGACUCGAAAUGUCGGUGUUGGUUGGGCAGAGAAUCUUGGGUUGGUCCGAGUGUGGCGUCUAUUUUUGUCCGUACGAAGGAGACACUAUUGUGACAUUUGAUAAGGUAGUUCUAUCGUGAGGACCUACCUAUGUUAAAAGUUUCUUUUAUAGAAGUAGUAAUGAGCCGCAGUUCUUAAUCAUAUACAUCGUGAGUGUCUGUCAGGUGUUGAAUGCCUGAGGCUUACUUUCAAGGUCGAUCUAGUAUGGCCAACACGAUAUCACCACACCACGCAACACAUCUACCUAUGAAGCAAUCAUUGCAUCUUAGUUCUGAGCAUUAAGAGAGCAAAA